GCCACUACCACCAUCAACACCACCACCUCCUCGUCCUCCUCCUCCCUGCCCAGGCACCUCCCACAGCCCCCAGUGCCAGCCAGCCCAACACAGUGCCACAUGCCAGUUGCUCCCCUUGGUUGACGCCGUGCAGCUGAUGAUGAAGACCGGGUCCUCGCUUCCCCUCUACCAACAUUCCCAGGACUCCUUACACCACUACCACCACCACAAUCACCACCACCAUCACAUCAAGCUUCACCGCCAGCAGCAUCUCCUUCACUACCACCAACAACAACAACAACAACAACAACAACGGAUCAUGGUCAACAUCAUCCCGGUAACAGUGAACUCCAGAAACUUGAGGUAGCAGGGGUGGUGCAGGAAGGUGUUCAGUUGCAGACGUGGAGUGCACACACACACACACAUGCUGUGUUGCUGCCGUUGCCCCCUACCGUAACUAUAACUCACGUUUAUACAUGUGGAGUGUUAUGUUAAAAACUGUCGACAAAACGGAAUAAGAGAACACUGAUGAACAAUGAGAGAUGGUAAUAAGAGAGUUAGUGAAAUAAAUGCGAUGACGGGAUUGUUCUUGAGUGCACAAUGAACGAUGUUAAUGUGUUGAUGAGUGCCUUGAUGAGUGACUCAGUCUUAGUGACGAUAAUACCGUGUCUCAACUAAGAGUGACUGUGUCUCGUAAGAGUGGCGGUCUUCUUCAGCAGCGUGACACAGUCCUUGGCCGUGAGUGUGUGAGGGCAGUGGGGCGUCGCAGGCCACAGGGGGAAGGUCAUCGUGGGCGGCCCUCUGCUGUACCGUACUAGCGUGAGCACAACCACUUGUGGCAAGACUUUUCGAGCCUCCAGCAGCACCCAGCCUCUCACACUACAAAAUGUGCCUCAGUUAUCUCACAGCCGCGCGUCUCUACAUUACGCUCCUUGUCACCUCGACGUGUAGUGCAGGAGCGUCUCAAGGGCACAAUGAGGUGAUAGUGUUGGAGGGGCAGGAGGCAGACGUGCCCUGUGUGACCACGUCCACCCAGGAUAAAUCUUCACCCAUACACGAGCCUGACUCCAAGCACCUGCGACCCCAGCUCAUACUGUGGUACAAGGAUAGUAUCAAGUCCACUAUAUACAGCUACGACGGUCGUGACCCCGACAGAGAGAGGCACUGGUCUCAGCGGAGGAGUUUGGGCGGGUCGGUCACCCUCAAGAUGCCGUCCUCGCCUGACUCCCGCCCACAACUCGCCUUCCUCAAGAUCUCUCAUACUACCGAGACAGACGCUGGCAUGUAUAGGUGUCGGGUGGACUUCUACCGCGCCCCCUCCAGGAACACCCACACCAAGCUUAUAGUCGUGGCGCCGCCCAAGCAACCAAAAGUAGAGGUGUGGGUGGAGGGAAGGUGGUUGGAGGCGACCCAUGACACCCCCACGCCCACGGUGGAGGUAGGCACCCGACUCCGCCUUCAGUGCUCAACCUCUGGGGGUCGCCCCGUGUCGACAGUGACGUGGUGGCGGGGAGGUCAGCAGCUCCUGGGGGACACAAAAGCUCUCAACGGGCAGGUGGUGAGCACAGUGGACGUGAGUGUGACACAAGAGGACGCCCACACCCCUAUAGUGUGCCAGGCGUCCAACACCCACCUCAUGCCCCCUCUGAGGACCCCCUUCCAGAUGCUGGUGUUGUCGUCGCCGUCGUGGGUGCGGGUGGUGGGGGCGGACAAGACCAUGUCUGUCGGGACGAGCUACACGGUGGAGUGUCGCAGCAGAGGCGCCACACCUCCACCUGUCCUCACCUGGGCUGUGGGUAACGACCACAACAUCCACGCCUCUGCCACGACUGACGCAGAGGGGGAGACGGUGAGUCGCCUGGUGUAUACGCCCAAAGUCGCUCACGUUGGCGCCCACCUCACCUGCACGGCACGCCCACCUGAUCACGCCCACCAUCACGCCCACUCUUCCCAGUCCACCCCCAACGUCUGGACCAAGAGUGACUCCGUGCCCCUGAGUAUUAUGUACAAGCCUGAGGUGGAGUUGGACCUUCAGAGAAUCAGAGCCUCAGGCGACUCUGCCACUCCCAAGCCCCGUCGUCCUCCGUUCUCACCCUCCCUCUACAGAGGCAAGGAUCAGGCCAAGUCGUCGACCAAACGCGACUAUGCCAAGACAAAAGGAGUCAUGAACGAGGAGAGUAAUAAGGGUAAACAUUCUAGCGACGACGAGGAGGUAGUGAACCUGGUGGAGGGGUCCGGGGUGGUGCUGCAGUGCCACGUCAGAGCCAACCCGCCCGCAUAUCACGUCAGCUGGAGCAGAGAUGGGGCGCCGUUGUCACCGGGCAUGAGCCAUGGACUGGUGGUGGGCAACAUGAGCGUCGUCCUCCCCAAAUUACAGAGACACGACGCCGCCAACUACACCUGCACCGCCCACAACGCUGAAGGCUCCACGCGCAGCAACCCCAUCACCCUGCAUGUUAUUCAUGGUCCUGAAUGCCUCCGAAACACCCCGCAGGUCCUGGGCGUCCCCCGUCACCACGCCCUCAACGUGACCUGUCAGGUGACAGCCCAUCCUCCACCCACUGCCUUCUCUUGGGCACUUAAGUCCUCUCGGGGCCUCCUGCAAGUCCCGGAGGAGAUGAUCACCUUCGUGGGAUCCACUUCCUGGAUAUCAUACACACCUCGGGCGACUGUGGACUACGGAGAGCUGCUGUGCUGGGCUACCACUCCUACUGGGCGCCAGAGGGAUCCGUGUGUGUCUCGCCUGGUGCCUGCUGACAAGCCCGACGCCCCUGAGCGCUGUGGAGUGUCCCACAGGACCCCCAAUUCCCUCACAGUGGCCUGUACCGCAGCACAUGACGGGGGACUCCCACAGACCUUCUAUAUAAGGGUGUUCCACGAAGGGAGGCUUAUAGCCAACAGCACCAGUGUCACCUCCGAGAUCAUAGUCUACGACUUGGAACCUGACACCCGUUACCACCUCACACUUUGGUCUGCCAACACCCACGGCACCAGCAGGAGAACUGCCUUUUACGCCUCCACCGCCCCUUCCAACACCUCCACCACCAGCAGUAUGAACGGCCACUCCUCCAGCAAUAGGGAGGGUCCAAUGACGAUUCUGGGGCCGUCGCUGGUGGCGGUGGUGGUGGUGGUGACGGUGCUGGGGGUGGUGCUGGGUGUAGUCCUGGGUAUCGUCACACAGAAGAUUUCGGUGCCACACAGUUUCUCUCACGAUACAGACGAAGAGGAACCCCCGGAGUCGCCACCUGUCACUGGCCGCUCUCGUGUACCCAUGGGGCGCUUAGGCAGAAGGAACCGAAGUUUUAUAGGAGACAAAGGGAAGCCAACAGCACGUUAUGAUGUCGUCAUACCUGCUCCAGCACGCCAAGAUUCACAUAUAUAUGCAGACCCCAUCGCCCUACGUAGAGAACGAGCACAUCAAGCAAUACCUACAAUAAAUACUACAGUCAUCCCAGAAACAGACUGUCCCACGUUUUCUAUGACAGCAACUGAAUUCGGCAUCAAAUCACAAUCCUUCUCGUGGCACCUCCCAAACUCUCGCCUGCUACGUAAUAAAAUUGACCUUAAAGUCCAAAGCAGAGAAAUUCCACGGAAACCUGUGAGAGUAGAACCUCCUAAACUUCCUACUUCAGGUGAGUGUAACUCCGUCACUCCAAUAACGAGAACUAAACCGGCGCCUGCAUUAGAAUUUCGACUGAUAUUAAUCCCUGAAACUAGCAAGAUGCUUCAGUUUGCCCUGGAGAGAGACACUAGACUCAUAUCAUAUUUAUCCAAAGACUCAACUGUAUCCAGUUCACCUUCGAAGUUUCCCACGAUAACUGAAGAGGAAGAAUAUAAGCCUCGGAGUGUCAACACAGACCUACAGCAUCAGAAGAAUUAUUCAGUUACCCCGUACGAAUCGAUUCCCGUCCAGAGUAGAGCCAUUAUAGAAAACGAAAAUCAUAGGCAGACUCCAACAUUACAACCUAUUCAGGAGCAUCCCGUAGACUCUGCAGUAGUGACUCAUCAACGCGACACUCCACAACAGUCUGGCGCCAGUGUCGAGAUAAAAAGACCAAAAACUAUAUCAACCGAUAUUCAGGAUAUCAUUAACCAACAGCAAAUACCAGACAUUGAAGUCAGUGACUAUGACAACCAUAAAAUCCCCACUCCGCCAAGCCCAGAACCAGACAUAACAAACAAGACGACCCAAGAAAGAACACCAGGCGACACACACCAGGCAAGACCAAGUAUAUAUAGACACGAAAAUCAGAACAAACUACCCAAUCCCCGACCAUACAGUGUCCCCAACAACCAAUCAACAGCCACAAAAAGAGUUAGAAUAGUAAUAGACAAUGAAGAUGAAACGAUGGCCAAGAUAGGUCGUCACCUCCUCCCGCGGCCACGGGGAAUGAAGAUCUCUGGAAAUGGACAGGGGCGUGCGAUACCGUCCAUCCCCCUGGCGGGUAAACUAAAAAUAUCAAGAGGCGACGAUUCUGAAACGACAGCUAAAAUAGGUUGUCAGCUCCUCCGGCGACCACAGGAGGUGAAGGUCUUUAGGAAUGGACAGGGACAUGCAAUACCGUCUAUUCCCCUGGCGGGUAAACUCAGCAGACACCACCCCUAUGUAGCGCCCCUAGCCAACAUCAAACGAGGACUGAGGACGCCCAUUACGCCAUCAAUGAAACGCUUGACGGAGCCGCUGAUCAUGCCCGAGGUGACCAGCAGCCCUCAACCUCCCACACCAUCAACCACAUUCGGUGUCCUUCGCAAACCACGAAUCGGCCUCACCUCCCUCUUCAGCCUUUCUUCCUCCUCUUGUUCCUCUUCAUCCUCGUCUUCCUCCUCCUCUUACUUGAGCAGAUGGACCAGCAAGAGGUCGAGGGAGGCCACGCCUUCACCUUUCACCGAUAUCAGGAUGCGUGAAGGGGUUCUGAAGAGGUCGUCGAGGAGGUCGUCUUUCGGGAGUCUGGUAUCAAGACCUCGGAGUGUCCAUAUGUCGUCGGGUCCUGAGCAGGCCUUGCACUGUUGUGUGGACAGCGACUGUCUCUCCUCGUCGUCUACUCCCUCUUCUCCGAGGUCGUCUUCGUCCUCGUCGUGCCUCCCUCACUCCUCGUCGUCCUCGUCACCCGUGUCGUCGUUCUACUCCUCGGAGAACUCGCUCUCAAUCUCCGCCUCUUUGUCUCAUUCUUCAUCCUCUUCCUCCUUCCAGUUCACUUCUUCCUCUUCCUCGUCUGCUGUAUCUAGUUCUCCAUUCUCCUCUUUCCUCUCUCCAUCUCUGACGUCUCCCUCUUCGUCCUCUUUCUUGUCUCUUGCAUCUUGUUCCACCUCUCCAGAUUCUGUAUUUUCAGGACAAAUAACUCCCACUUGAGGGUGAAAGUGAAAGUGGAUCCCAUAGCCCUGGCUGCCCGUUAGGGACGGUGUGAAUACAGCACUGUGUACUAAGCCUUUGGUAUACCAGAAGACAGGGUGGCCGACACUGUACUCGACCACCUUCACUUCCGAAACUGGGUAAUCUGGGAGUGCCCCGAGAUCAAACUAGCGACCCUUAGGACAAGAUGCGAGCAUUGUAUCUAUUCGGCCACCACAUCCCUCAAGAGUAAACUGCCACAAUUGUCAGAGUUGAGGGAGGUCGACACAUCCCUUGAGUGUAAACUGCCGCAUGUGUGAGUGAUAACUGAGGUCGACACAUCCCUUGAGGGUAAACUGCCACAAGUGUGAGGGAUAACUGAGGUCGACACAUCCCUUGAGGGUAAACUGCCACAUGUGUGAGGGAUAACUGAGGUCGACACAUCCCUUGAGUAAACUGCCACAAGUGUGAGGGAUAACUGAGGUCGACACAUCCCUCGAGGGUAAACUGCCACAAGUGUGAGGGAUAACUGAGGUCGACACAUCCCUUGAGUGUAAACUGCCACAGGUGUGAGGGAUAACUGAGGUCGACACAUCCCUUGAGUGUAAACUGCCGCAUGUGUGAGUGAUAACUGAGGUCGACACAUCUCUUGAGGGUAAACUGCCACAAGUGUAAGGGAUAACUGAGGUCGACACAUCCCUUGAGGGUUAAACUGCCAUAAGUGUGAGGGAUAACUGAGGUCGACACAUCCCUUGAGGGUAAACUGCCAUAAGUGUGAGGGAUAACUGAGGUCGACACAUCCUUUGAGUGUAAGGUUUGAAAUAGGUCAACACACCAGGUAUUAUUUAAUGUGCAAUAACACGAUUAAAUACUUAACACACAUAAACCUUAAGCGUUGUGUAGUCUGUAUCAGAGUAUUUUUAUAUUUUUGUCACACUUUUUGUACAUUAGUGUUAGUACAGCAGAGCCUCACGCUGCUCCUGGUAGGUUAAGGACGACCUGUGUGAUGGGUCAGACCAAUGAUGUACUGUAUACUCUCAUCAAACCAAAUAUACUUGUUUUAUAA